UUCCGCUCUCGCCUUGGGGUCCACGGCUCAGGUCCUGCUCCUGGAUAAUUCAAUCGAACUGUACCUUGACCAUUUGCGCGUCGUUCUUUUUUUCCACUUCUCCUUCCUUUCCCAUCUUUCUCUCCCUCCCGAACCUCCGCCCUCCCUCCAAACAACCACCCUAAUCUGCAAAAUACACGUCCGUCCUGCUACGGAUUGUGGUCGUUCUCUCUUCGUCCUUUUCAUUGCUGGGGGGAAAGACGACGUCUCUAUGAAAUCGCGGAUCGGAACACAUCCGUAACUCUAUCUACCUAAUCCGACCCAGGUAGCCUCGGGGAGGCCGUACACUUCCCCCAUCAUGGCUAUCCUCUCGAUGGUGCCAGCGCUUCUGCUUGCGCUGGCAUCAUGGACGCCCGCCGUCGCCGCCCAGAGCGCCGCCGACUACUUUGUCCACGAGCUGCCCGGCGCACCCAAGGAGCCUUUCAUUAAGAUGCACGCUGGCCACGUCGAAGUAACACCCGAACACAACGGAAACCUCUUCUUCUGGCAUUUCCAGAACCAACACAUCGCCAACAAGCAGCGCACUGUCAUUUGGUUGAACGGCGGUCCAGGAUGCAGUUCCGAGGAUGGCGCCCUGAUGGAAAUCGGUCCCUACCGAGUCAAGGAUAAGGACAACCUCGAGUACAACAACGGCUCAUGGAACGAGUUCGCCAACCUGCUCUUCGUCGACAACCCCGUCGGUACCGGUUUUAGUUACGUCGAUACCGAUAGCUAUCUGCACGAGCUCCCCGAGAUGGCCGACCAAUUUGUUGCCUUCCUCGAAAAGUGGUUUGCCAUGUUCCCCGAGUACGAACAUGACGACCUCUACAUCGCCGGUGAAUCGUACGCCGGUCAGCACAUUCCUUACAUUGCGAAGCACAUCCUUGAGAGAAACAAGAAGCCUGGCACGAAGCACAUUUGGCAGCUCAAGGGCCUGAUCAUGGGCAACGCUUGGAUCUCCCCCAAGGAGCAAUACGACGCCUACUUGAAAUACGCAUACGAGAAGAAGCUCAUCGAGACGGGAUCUCCCGUCGCGUUGAAGUUGGAGCAGCAAUGGCGCAUUUGCCGCACCUCGCUGGCCGUCUCAAACACUGUCGAUUUCUCCGAGUGCGAGGCUGUCUUGCAGAGCCUGCUCGAGCAGACGGCCAAGGUGAACUCCAAGGGCGAGCGCGAGUGCAUCAACAUGUACGACAUUCGCCUCCGCGACACCUACCCUUCGUGCGGCAUGAACUGGCCCCCAGACUUGGUCAACGUCACCCCCUACUUGCGCAAAACCGAAGUUGUCAACGCCCUGCACAUUAACCCCCAAAAGAACACCGGAUGGAAGGAAUGCAACGGUGCCGUUGGUGCCGCUUUCAGAGCUCCCAACUCUGCGCCGUCGAGAGAUUUCCUUCCCGAUCUCCUCAAGGAGGUUCCCAUUGUUUUGUUCUCCGGCGCCGAGGAUCUUAUUUGCAACCACAUGGGAACCGAACAGAUGAUUGGCGACAUGGAAUGGAACGGUGGCAAGGGUUUCGAGCUUACUCCCGGCAACUGGGCUCCUCGCCGCGACUGGACGGUCGAGGGCGAAGCUGCCGGUUUCUGGCAGGAGGCCCGCAACCUCACCUACAUUCUCUUCUACAACUCUUCUCACAUGGUGCCUUUCGACUACGCUCGCCGAAGUCGCGAUAUGCUCGACCGUGUCAUGAAGGUUGACAUCAGCUCUGUUGGCGGCACGCCUACCGACUCCCGACUCGACGGCGAGACCGGCCCAGCCACCUCGGUCGGCAACAUUGGCAACAGCACUUCCGACGACGAGGAAACGCAGAAGAAGUUGGACGAUGCGAAGUGGAAGGCAUACUACCGCUCGGGCGAGAUUGUCCUCAUCAUUGUCAUCAUUGCAGCGGGUGCUUGGGGUUGGUACGUCUGGAAGGAGCGCCGCAAGCGCAGGGGCUACUCUGGCAUUAUGGGCAACACCCCUCCUACCACUCAAAGAGGCGCCGCGCGUGGUCUCGAGGGGUUCCGCGAUCGGAGGACUGGUCGCGACGUUGAGACGGGCGAUUUCGAUGAGAGCGAACUGGACGACUUGCACGUAACGACACCAACGAUGGAUAAGGACCGCUACAGUGUGGGAGGCGAUAGCGAUGAUGAGGCUCAUGAGAAGCCCUCGAGAGCAAACGGCAGCCGCUCAGCGCGGUAAAGGAAUCGACGACAGCUUUGCAAUGAUAUGCAAGGUUGGCACAGGUCAAACACUAUUAUUGAUGCUCCUCCAAACAAUGCAUGGAAAGUUUAGCGAAGGUUAUCUUUUUUCAAAGGGGCAGAGGAUGAAUGAACAUUAGGCUUCAGCACGGAAACGGAGUUUUAUAUGAUGUCUGAAUAAGGAUAGAAGCAAGAAGG